AUGGAAGGUUCUCCACCCCUGGGAAGGAGGACGGAUGAGUCAGAGGAGGAGCAGCGAGCGAGGAUCGCGCUCUUCCCCGAGGAGCGGCAAAUAACUUUCUGCAAUCAGAAGUUUAACAUUUCGCAUUCUAAUCCUUCUUUUGUUGUUCUUGGCUUUCUUCUAGGCUACGGAGAGCUGAAUGGUAACGCAGGAGAAAGAGAAGUGUCGUUAAAGGGCCUGUGCUCCGAUGAAACCACCACCCCAGGAUCCAGGGUACCCAAUGGCAGCCAGCAGCUUGUAGACACUAACGUCACCCCAAAGCAGACUGUGAAGGCCGGUGCUUUGGGGAAAGCUGGAAUCAAACCCAAGAACUUCAUUCAGAAAAAUAGCAUGGACAAAAAGAAUGAUAAGUCCUAUGAAAACAAACUUAGAGAAAGCCAGUCCUCAGACAAGCCAGAGGGAGUGUCUAUCCCAAACGGGGUGGUAACCAAUAAUUCUGGCUAUAUCACGAAUGGCUACGUAGGCAAAGGGGCCGAUAACGAUGGUAGCGGCUCCGAGAGUGGAUAUACUACGCCUAAAAAACGGAAAGGCAGGCGCAACAGUGCCAAGGGGUGCGAGAACUUGAAUCUAGUACAGGACAAAAUAAUGCAACAGGAGGUCAGCGCACCAACCUUAAAACAGGAACUUGAGAGUUUCAAGCCCGAUUAUAGUGAACAAAAGGGGAACCGAAUUGAACAUGCUAAGCCCGUUUGGAAAUACGAGGCUGGGGCUGGUGGAGCAGGCCGGGGAAAGCCUGGGCUUGGGGAUGUACAGCGAAAAAACUCUGAUGCCAAACCUGGGAUUAGCAGCAAGAAGUUUGAUGACCGGCCCAAAGGGAAGCACGCGUCGUCAGCUACGUCUAAAGAGGACUCAUGGACCUUAUUUAAACCACCCCCGGUUUUUCCAGUGGACAAUAGCAGUGCUAAAAUUGUUCCCAAAAUAAGUUAUGCAAGUAAAGUUAAAGAGAACCUCAACAAAGCAGCUCAAACCCCAUCCACAUCCUCUUUGUCGUCUUCGUCAUCUGCUGGGGAAACUCAGGCCCAAACAUCCAGUCGGCUGUCCCAAGUCCCCAUGUCCGCUAUGAAAUCUGUUACUUCUGCUAGCUUCUCCAACGGGCCCAUUCUGGCAGGGACUGACGGAGGUGUCUAUUCUCCAGGGACCCCGCCACUGCUCUCCGCUGCUGCUAGUACUGUCCCGUCAACCGCUUGUGAGUCGGUACCCCAGGACACGAGUACAGCUUCAACAGCUCUCGAACAAAAGAAAUCUAGCCUUUUCAUCUACCCUUCAAAUAUGCAAACUGUGCUUCUGGGUCCAGCGCAAGUCGAUUUCCCGGCGCAGGCGAAUCAGCAGAACCUGGGAGAUAUCUUCCAGAAUCAGUGGGGCUUGUCUUUCAUAAACGAGCCCAGCGCCGGACCCGAAACUGUCGUGGGGAAAUCUGCGGAUAAUCAGUUAAUGGAAGUGACAUUUCAAGGGGAAUAUCCUGCCGCUUUGGUUUCGCAGUGUGCUGAAAUCAUUCCCUCAGGAACUGAACAACCUGUGUUUCCUAAGGCUUAUGAGCUGGAUAAACGGACUAGCCCUCAAAUUCUUAGUGCUAUUCUUAAGCCUGGGACUGCUGUUGAGGGUGGUGUCUUAGCUUUGGAGUCGCACCACACGGGUGACCUACAAAAGGCAGACACCGGUAGCCAAGGUGCUUUAGUGUUUCUUUCAAAAGACUAUGAAAUAGAGAAUCCUCUGGCCUCUCCCACGAACAAUUUGCUAGCCUCCGCCAAAGAACAGAGGUACCAGAGAGGCCUAGAAAGGAAAGAUAGCUGGGGUUCUUUUGACCUGAGGGCUGCUAUUAUAUAUCACACUAAAGAAAUGGAAUCGGUUUGGAAUUUGCAGAAGCAAGAUCCCAAAAGGAUAAUCACUUACGAUGAAGCCAUGGAUCGCCCGGAUCAAUGAAGGUAGCAAGACGAGACUGCCUGUUAUAACCUUUCUGCAGCAUUUGUGCUGUUCGUGGGGGACAAAAGGCUUUUAUGCUCCUUCUAAUUCUUCAGUGCAGCAGAGGAACCGUAACUAGAAUCACAGGAUAAUAUAUACAAAUAUAUAUAUAGUUAUUUAAAAAUGGCAACUGAAAGUAAUUAGACUUCUUAAGGAAUCUGAAAAUUUAUUUCAACGAGACUACACACAUGAUUAUUUAAUCUCCGGUACUGAAUAGAUUUUUUUCGUUUUUGUUUUGUUUUGUUUUUGUUUAAAGAGUGAAUGCAAGUGAUUAACGCAUACAGACUCAAUUUACAAGCCCGGUUCUAAAGUUCCUGCUGUCGUCUGCACGGGCAACAGCAACCCACUGGAGAGGCAUUUCCACUCGACAAGGUUUCUGUUUCUUGUUCUGUGACUGUAGUGACACACUAAUCACAGGGAAAUCAGGAUGAUUCACCAUCCUUCAUCUCCCCUUUCCCCUCCACCUCCCCUAUUUGGUUUUGCUUUUUUUUUUCUUUUUUUCUUCUGUUUUGUUUUCCAUUGAAUGCUG